AUGAUCGCAUCACAAUCGUUCCAGCUGCAAGGCAUGGGGCCCAAGUCAAUGAGUGAUCUCCCAAUUUCCCUUUCCGUCACUGCCACGGUCACAACGUUGAAUGAGCCCGACGGCCAAUCUGAUUCCAAUCUCCCUAAGAAGCCUCAAAAUGCUGGUAGCCAAUCUUGUCAAGGUCGAAAAAAUGGAGAGAAUUACAAAGAGAUAGUGGAAAAGAUAAGAAUUAAGAAGCGUCAUCACAUUCUAUUUGGAGGAAUUCUUAGUCUACUGAUGCUAUGGGAUAAUAUUAAAAUAAUGCAUAAUCAGCAUCAACUGAUUAAGAUAGACAGAGUGUUUUCUAUUACCACCUUGGAAGAAAGAAACACUGAGUGA